AUGUUGGUUGGGCGCGGAAAAGCCGCGAGAAAUUGGAACAUCCGCCCGGAUGUCAUCGUUGGCAGCGUGUUAGAGAGAGAGAGGGAGAGAGAGUCAGAGAGAGAAAGACACAGACAGACAGAGAGAGAAUCUUGUUUGUCUCUGUUGCCUUGGUAUAAUCCGUCUCAAGAAAAAGUGGUGGGCAGAGAGGCAGCUGGUUUUGAUCCCAAACCCAAAAACCUCUCUCUCUCUCUCUCUCUCUUCAGUGUUCAAUUGCUCAUUUACAGAAGAGUUUGGGCAUCUGGGUUCAUAUUAUCCAUUGAUGGUAUGGCACAGAAUAAACCCAAGAGGCUAUACCAAGUCUGGAAAGGAAGCAAUCACUUUUUCUGUGGCGGGAGAUUAAUUUUUGGUCCUGAUGUGGCAUCUCUUCUUCUGUCCACACUCCUUGUUGCCGGCCCAGCAGUUGCCUUUUGUAUAAAGGUUUAUUUUAAAAUCAAAAAGGGGAAUGUUAAAGAUUACAGUCUUUGGUAUCCUGUAUUAAUUGUUGGCACAGUCCUUACUGUUUUGGAUUUAACAUUUCUGUUCUUGACUUCUAGUAGGGAUCCUGGAAUAGUCCCUAGAAAUUCAAGGCCUCCAGAAUCAGAUGAAGCAUUUGAUCUAGCUACCCCAUCAAUGGAGUGGGUUAAUGAAAGAACUCCUCAUUUGAAACUACCACGAACCAAAGAUGUCAUUGUAAAUGGUCACACAGUAAAAGUGAAGUACUGUGAUACUUGUUUGCUUUAUCGCCCUCCUCGUGUAUCUCACUGUUCUAUCUGCAACAAUUGCGUUCAGAGAUUCGAUCAUCAUUGUCCAUGGGUUGGCCAAUGCAUUGGAAUGCGUAACUAUAGGUUCUUCUUCAUGUUCAUAUCAACCUCAACCAUCCUGUGCAUAUAUGUUUUUGUCUUCUCUUGGAUAAAUGUAGUUAAAGAAGGCGGUAUUCCAAAAGCUGUGUCGAAAGAUAUCCUCUCAGAUUUCCUUUUAGUGUACUGCUUCAUCGCUAUCUGGUUUGUUGGUGGCCUUACAAUCUUCCAUUCCUACUUGAUAUGCACAAACCAGACAACAUAUGAAAACUUCCGGUACCGAUAUGAUAAGAAGGAGAACCCAUAUAACAAAGGAGUGAUGUGGAACAUCAAAGAAGUUUUUUUCUCUAAGAUCCCUCCUUCAAUGAAUAGAUUCCGAUCAUUCAUUGAAAUGGAUGAACAGAUGAUCGCAGGAUCUGUGACUCCAAAUCUUGAUGAAGGUAUUAUGGGCUCAAAGGAGAAAAUUGAUAUUGAAAUGGGAACUGGCAUUGCAGAGGACAAUGGUUUUCCAAUUCCCAACCUUUUGCUGAAUUUUGACUAUGAUGAUUUGGAGGAUGAUUUGAAGAAUGCAGGGGAACAACGAGGACCUGCUUUUGACACUUUCUUUCCCAUUCAGACAGAAGCAAAAGAAUCUGUGAAAUACUCAAUAGAUGGAGAUAAAAUUACAGAAUCUGUGCAAAGUGUUACUACAAGGGAUGCAGUGAGAGAUUCUGUGGGUAGCUCACAUCCGAGAGAUGAAUUGAGAGCAUCUGUACAGAGCACCAUUUCCUUGGAUGGAGCAAAUGAGGAAGCUGAUUGUGGAAAUAACCAUCCUAAAACCACAUCACCUGUUUUCCAAGCAUAA